CAAAUUCUCGUUUCUUUCGGCGUCUUUAUACGAUACACUACAGCUGUGUUGCUUUUCAAAAUGGCCUCAUCAUCUACUGGCGGCGCCCCUUCGAUAUCGGCGUCGUCGCCCCCCGCCAUCGUCUGCGUUGGCAUGGCUGGUAAGCUUCCGUAACGGUGAGCCCUCACUCAUGCUACAACUAUCUGACGCCUGCUGUGCCAAAUUGUAGGCUCGGGCAAGACGACUUUUAUGCAGAGAAUCAACGCCCAUCUCCAUUCAAAGAACACGCCUCCCUAUGUCAUCAACCUCGACCCCGCGGUUCUCAACGUUCCCUUCGAAAGCAACAUCGAUAUUCGGGACUCGGUCAAUUAUGAGGAGGUCAUGAAGCAGUACAACCUAGGGCCCAACGGAGGAAUUCUAACGUCGCUCAACCUCUUUGCCACAAAGGUCGACCAGAUUGUCAAUCUACUGGAGAAGCGCUCAAAGCCCGAUCCCGAAAACCCCGAUCGCAAGCCCAUCGACCGAAUUUUGGUCGACACGCCUGGACAAAUCGAGGCCUUUGUAUGGUCCGCUUCGGGAACUAUCUUGCUGGAAUCUCUCGCAUCAUCCUUUCCCACUAUUAUUGCCUACAUCAUCGAUACACCACGGACUGCCUCGACAUCUACAUUCAUGUCCAACAUGCUUUAUGCCUGCUCCAUUCUCUACAAGACGAAGCUUCCCAUGAUCCUGGUCUUCAAUAAGACCGACGUCAAGGAUGCCUCAUUCGCCAAGGAGUGGAUGACGGAUUUCGAAGCAUUCCAAGAUGCUCUGCGACGCGACGAGAAUUCCGACACAUUUGGAGGCCAAGAAGGUUUUGGAAGCGGCGGAAGUGGUUACAUGGGUAGCCUGCUCAACUCAAUGAGUCUGGUGCUGGAGGAGUUCUACUCGCAUCUGAGUAUGGUGGGUGUUAGCUCGCGGGUUGGAACGGGUAUCGAUGAGUUCUUUGAGGCCGUUGAAGAAAAGAGGAAAGAGUUCUUGGAAGACUAUCUACCCGAGCUGGAGCGACGAAGGGAAGAGAGGGAAGAGCGGAAGAAGAAGACUCGUGAGCAGGAGUUGGACAAGAUGAUGCAGGGUAUGUCGGUUGACGUCAACAACGUGGCCGAAAAGCGACCCAUCAAAGUCACCAAUGAUGAUGACGAUGUGGAUGUCCCAAGCGAUAACGACGAUGAUGACGAUGAGGAUGACGAAACAACCAGGGAGGGCCUACAGGCGAGAUAUGCCGCUGCCAUGGAAGGCAAGGACGAAGGCAUCUUAGGCGACGCGAGCUUUGCGAAAUACCUGCACAUGCAGCGGUAAACGCAACGUGUGUGGGCUUUUGGAGGCGUACAGGUAGUUUAGGCGUUUUGGAAACCAGGUGAACACAUGGGUGCAAAGGAACUUGGCUAUGCGAAGUUUUAAUCAUUUGAGGUGCUUAAAAGAUAAGAAAAAUCCAUGCGGCCUUUGGGGCGCGCAAUGCAUAACAAGUAA